UGAGCAGGUGGUGGAAAAGGGGAAUAUGAAGAAGGGUGUUUUAGACAGCGCCUGCGUCAAGUCCUCGAUGAUGACGAGCUGCUCUAGGUGCUCGACCCAGACGCAGUUGAAGAUUUAAUUCUAUCAAGUAAACAGUGUGCGGUUAAUGGAAAUUGACUGGUCAUCAUGAGAGGUAUAGAAAUAGUGAUAAUGAUGAAAUAACUUAUACAAUACCACAACUAAACAAAUUCGAAGGGUCAAAUAAUGCUCACAAUGCAAAGACAAAUAUUUACUGGACAUAAUUGGAUGAUCAAAUAUACUUCUGUGAUUUAUGUGAUGUGAUAGAUUGAGAUAAAAAGAUAACAAAAAUAAGUGUUGAUUCAAUUAUUGUCACAACGAAUGAUCAAAUAAAAAGAGGACUUUGGAUAAAAUGUGGAGCUCAGUGACUGCAGCCGGAACAGAAAAUGGCCCGGCACCUCCAUCAAGAAGUAAACACAGUGCGACUCUUCUAGGAGGUCAUGUUUACCUUUUGGGUGGACGCAAUGGUAAUCUUCCAUUGAAGGAUCUUUGGAGAUAUAGUCUGGCGGAAAGCCGGUGGGAGGAAUUACAUCCUAGUGGAGAAAGACCACCAGCGCUUCAAGAACACAGUGCUGUUGCUUACAAAGAUUGUCUGUAUGUUUUUGGAGGUGAACUCGGCUUUUCUGCAGGCAUUGAAACACCUCUAUGGAUUUAUACUGUCAAGACAAAUUCUUGGAGAAAAAUAAGAGCCCAAAGAGGUUGUGCUGUCCCAAGAGGGCGAAGAGGUCAUACGGCUUUGGUACAUCGAGGUCAGAUGUUAAUCUAUGGUGGAUAUCAAGAUUUACGAGGUAGUUCUCCAGAAUUGUGGGCGUUUCAUUUUGAAACAGAAUCUUGGCACUUAUUAUCAUCGGGUGAAGGUGGUGGUCCAGCACCACGUCACAAACACUCUGCAGUGUUGCAUUGCGACGCUAUGUAUAUUUACGGUGGUAUGACAGACUUACAAGAAAGAAAUGACUGUUGGAAGUGGGAUGUUAAAUCUAGUACAUGGAAUAUAUUGAAAAAUAAACCUGGACCUGGUCCACUUCAUGGUCAUGCUGCAUGUAGAUUACCAAGUUGUAUGCUUAUUUUUGGUGGUGAAAGUAAUGGUUUAGCGACAAAUGAUCUUUGGAGAUUUCAUUUUGGAACUGAAACAUGGGAAAGAUUGACAAUACCAGGUCCAAAACCACAACCACGAGCAGAAAGUGUUGCUUUAGCAGUUUCUGAACUUGUUAUAAGAGGUAGUGGGAUACAGGAUAAUCAAAAAUCAAGACUUCGUGGUCAUAAGCCAAGAUUUUCUCUCUCUAACAGUGGAGGAAAUCGUAUAUCUCCGAGUGAAGCUCCAACGAGACCAAGUUUUCUUCGAGAAAUUUCAAAACUCUCACAAAUAAAUCUUUCAAGACUUAGUCAUCCAAAUAAAUGUAGUUAUUCAGUCCUCAGUGGCCAAGAAGACAAUGAAGAAGUUCCUCAAGAGGCCAACUCGUAUUAUCCUUUCCAGCCAGUAGACACAGAACUUGUAGAACCAACGAGUGGAAUGGUAAAAUCUCGAAGUGCUAAUGCUUUAGCUAGAAGAAGACAAAGGACUCUUGUGAGUGAAGCUAACAGAUGUAGCUUUGAAAACUCUUCUUAUGAACCAAAAAGUUCGCGAAUACCAAGAGAACCCAUUUCUGUGCCAAAUUUUCGUGCUUUAACACUACCAACACCUGUACUUACACCCGUAGAAGUUGCUAGACUUGUAUUUGUUGAUCCUGAUGAAGAUAGUGACGAUGAACAAAGAGGAUUAGCAACAACAAGGCUUAUAGAUGUUGCUGAAGAAAAGGGGGACUUUGAAACUCUCCAUCAAGCUUGUCAACCACCUCGUGGGGAAAGUUAUAGUUCUCAUUUGUAUGAAGCCGUACAAAGCCCGAAAACACCUAGUACAACAAAAAUUCCAACUUCUGCAUCUGUUAGGUUUGCUGAUCUUGAAGAGGGUGAAGAGUCAACAUCAGAUUACGCGAGUAUAGAGGCACGUAGUCCUGGAGAUCCACUUGCCGACGAUGACUGGCCUGAAAAGAAAAAAUCAAAACAGCGUGCGCCAACGAUACGUGAAGGUCAAUUUGGUUUUUGUAAUCCUAAUUAUCUUGGUUUAGAAACUAAUGAUGAUGCUAAGUAUGCUAAGAUGCUUAAUAGUCCACCAGAUAGUGUCCUUGAGGAUGCACCAGGUCGAUCAGCUUCUCAAACUUUUGCAGAACUACUCGAACUUCAGGAAAUUAAACCUCGAGCACCGCCCAAAAGUCUUGCUCUUGGGUCUCCAUCUAGAAGAGCUGUCAGUGCAUCGAGAGCAGAAAGACAAAGAGCUAAACUUGCCGCCCAUGAAGCUGUCACUCCAGCACCUCUCUAUGUUUUCCUCAUUGGGGGAAAAGAAAAAGGUCAAGUUACUGUUUUUGCACGACCAGUAUCUCUUUGGAAACUCCAAUUAGCUCCUCAUAUUUUUUAAUUAUUUUUAAUUGAAUGUCUUGAGAAAUGAGUAGAAUUUUUUACGCCAAAUAUUUUAGUCUGUUUUGUAAUUAAUCAAUAGAACCGAAAAUUCUGUGCCAGAUAGAAAAGUAUUGGUAUUCGAUAAUUUGUUGUAAAACAUGUAACAAAAGUACCUACUUAAGACCGUCAAUAAUACUUAAAUAUAAAAGAACUAAUCAAAGCAUGAAUAUUACAUCGGGGCAAUAAAUGUAUUUAGAUAAUUUCAAUGAGUAUUACAUGAACUCUGAUAUAUAAUUUUUAUUAACUGAGAUUGAGAACGAUAUAUCUGUAUCUGUAAUGUCUGUGUUAUAUUUGAUGUAUGUCACAUGAAAAUAUUGACCGCGAAUAUUAUUUAUAAGAAAUAAUGUUUCUAGAAAAAGUUAUUGCUACAUGAUAUAUUUAGUUUUCUUAAAACUAAUUUAUGUUUUUUUUAACUAAUUUUCUAACUAAAUGAUAGGGUAAUCUAGUCAAUUGAUGAGAAAUGACAAAAAAUUUUUAAAUAAGUAUUAUGAGUAUGAAAAAAUAUAACAGUCGAAAAGAAUUAGUGUAUAAAAAUGAUAAAAUCAAUGCCACAUCUUGUAUUUAUUUUCGCUGCCAAGUUGUAGGUCUAUAUAUAAAAUACAUGCUGUAAACAUGGGAUGAAAAUAAUCGACAAAAAAAUUGCAUGACUAGGAAAGUUACUAUACUUGUAAUUUUCAAAUAAAAAGAACAAUAUUUUCGGAUACAAUGCAGUAUUUCUACUACAAAUAAUUUAUAUUGAAAAAAUACAAUAUAUUAAUUAAACAAAAUUGUGGCUGAAUGAUAAAAUUGUAUACUCUUGUAUCAAUACAGAAAAAAUGUAUUCACUGCGCAAAUGCUAAUUGUAAUUAGCGUAUAGUAUUAUUAAAAAUUGAUGCAUUUGUUUACACGUACACAUUGGGAUUAAUAAUAAUAGCUAGUACUUUUUACAUUACAGUUAAAUAUUUUAAUGAGAUAAUAAUAAUGAAUCUAGUAUUAUACAAAAUAGUAAUUAUUUAUGAUUUUGAAUCAAGUUCACAUUGAACUUUAUAGUUGAUGAUAAUAAUACGAUUGUAAUAUCAAUAGUAUAAAUAAUACUGAUAACAAUAUUAAAAUCAAGUAUUUUUCACAACUGGCUAAAGUAUAUAAAUGUGAUCUAAUGCCAAAAUGAUUAUGAACAUGAAGGGUAUCAAAGAACGCUCUUUUUAAUUCUUCACAAAGUUUUUAUGAUUUAGUUGUAAUUGUACAGGGUAGAAACGGAACUAUAAUUAUGUAUUAACGGUGCCAUACGUCCAAAAAUAAUAUGAAGAUUCAGCGUUCGCUCAAUUGAUCUUUUAAUAAAUCAAUUUUGCUUACGCGUUAAAAUUUUGAAUACGUCCAAAUUAUUGUCUUACAUGUGGACCGUAAUUUAUUGAUAAUUUAAAUGCUAGAUUAUGUGCAAAAUUAUUUUUAAAGACGAAACUUUAUCGAAGGAAAAAGUUUUUCUUAAAAUCUUUACGAAAGAAUAAGUUUAAAAAUUAUUUCCAUGCUAUAUUUAGUACUUUUUUUACAUAUCUUGCUUUUAUGCUACUUAAUUGAUUAUAUUAUCCGGCCAAUUUUUAGUGUAAUUAAUAACUUAUAAAUGAAUACUUAGUUUUAUAUAAGUUAUAUAAUUGUGUAGUAUUUAAAAACCAAAGUGGCUCAAAUGUGCAAAGAUAUCCAACAGAUGAAUCAAUCUUUAUUUUUAAUUAUUUAAUCUUAAUAAUGGUCAUUAGAAAUAUUAAUGUUGGAUUUUCUAAUGCAUAUAUCCAUCCAUAUGUGUAUUUGAUAUAAUAUGGAGUAAUGAUUAAUUUACUUUCAUGUUGGACACUGAGCAACCUCAAAUAAUUGCAAAAAUUAUAGCUGUUUAUUUUUUAUCAUUAGUUAACAUCAUAGUAUUAAAAAAAUAUUUAAUUAAUGUUUGUUAAUCAUUGGGGAUUUAGUGCAAUAUGACAUCAAGUUUUAAAUAAUCUUGAUGGAAUCAUUACUAAACCUACAUACAUAUCAUAAAAAAAUUCAAAUUUAUUAAGUUUUGUUGAAAUACUAUCUUUUAGUUGAACAUAAAUUGUUUGUUUAUGUUACGAAUUAAUUAUAAAAAAUCUAUAAUUAACUCGGCGUCCAACAAAAGCCACCUAAAUGAGCGAUUAAGAAAAUCAAUGUUUUCCAUUUCAAGUUUUUCAUCAAAGUAAUAACAACUUUUCUGUACAAAUGAUGUGAAAUAAAUGGUCAUAGGGAAAAGAAAAAUAA